AUGGCCGAGGAGCAGAAGCCCGCCGCUAACGUGGCCGCCGAGCAGGACGUCCAGAAUGUCCUUGCCGAGCUGAAGGAGAACGGUGCUUCCACCGAGGCUGAGAAGACCGACAAGACUGACGUCGACGAGGCGCGCAUUGUCGCCGAAGCCGCCAAGCUGGGUGAGAAGUCAGAGCAGUCUGAGGAAAAGUCCCAGCAGCAGCGCGACUCGCGCCCCCAGCGUGGUCCUGGCCGUGGUGGUCGUUUCACUCGCACCAACAACGCCAAGUUCGACCCCUCUUCCCAGAAAGAGACCGAUGACCCCGUGGAGAUCCGCAAGCAGGUUGAGUUCUACUUCUCCGAUUCCAACCUGCCCAUGGACAAGUUCCUGCUGUCCAAGGUUGGCGGCAGCACCAACAACGCCGUGCCGCUGAGCCUCCUUCAUUCCUUCAAGCGCAUGCGUCGUUUCCAGCCAUUCGAGGCCAUCGUGAAGGCCCUCAAGGACUCGGAGACCCUCGAGUUGACCGAAAACGACACCGCCAUUAAGCGCAAGGUCCCUCUCCCCGAGUCCGUGAACACCGACAACAACGCCGAGGCCGUCAAGAUCUUCGAGGACAAGGCCAUGGCCCGCAGCAUCUACGCCAAGGGCUUCGGCAACUUCGGUGAUGAGGACUCAACCACUCAGCUCGACAUCGAGUCCUUCUUUGAGCCCUACGGCCCCAUCAAGGCCGUCCGCCUGCGCCGCACCCAGGACAAGACCUUCAAGGCCAGCGUUUUCGUCGAGUUCGCCGAUGAGGAGAAGCAGAAGGCCUUCCUGGAGCUCGCCGAGAAGCCCAAGUGGAAGGGCCAAGAGCUCGUUGUCAAGAGCAAGAAGGAGUACUGCGAUGAGAAGGUAGCCGACAUCAAGGCCGGCAAGGUCUUCGCCAGCACCGGCCGCGGUGGUGGCCGUGGCGGUCGGGGUCGUGGUCGUGGCGGCCGGGGUCGUGGCGGUCGUGGUGACCGUGGUGACCGCGGUGACCGUGACCGCGAGGACAAGCGCGACUGGCGGGAGCGCCGCGACCAGGACCAGAAGAGCGGCUUCAAGAAGGACGCUCGGGGUGUCCCUGUUGUGCAGGCGACUGGUGAGAAGCGCGCGCGCGAGGAUGAGUCCAACGGUGACCACCCCGCCAAGAAGGUGGAUUCCAAGGAGUAG